UACUGUACCUGGAAGUUUCCCGUGGAGUACAGGAACCUUAAUUCGCUGACGGGUGUGAAUAGUAAAUGGCUCCAUAAAGAUCGUCAACUACGACCUCUUGUCUUGACAUAGCCCGCAGUCCCCGCAGUCCCGCAGUCGCAGCAUCUUUCGAGCCACUAUACGAUGCCAUUUGAUUUAUACUCUUUCGUUCUUGCUAUCUACGUCUUCAAAUCCAGAGCAUGCCUUGUAAGGUAGUCCUGUCUCGUCAGCAUAUGCACAGCUGGUAGUUGAUAACUUCAGCUUCGAAUGAGACUUCAAAUUGAGGAUCGAGCCCAUAUCUGUUCCGAACCGCAUACCCCACACAUUCCAACACCCGGGUCGGUUGGCCUUCAUGACAUCAAUCAAUGAUGGAGCUCCUCAUGGACAGUCGCCCUCCCAAGCAGCCAGCUCCCCGCCAGCGAGGCUACCGCGAACAAGAGAUAAUACAGAUUUACAAUCCCCAGCCUCUUCUAUAUCAAGUCUACCAUACAGGCCCAACGCUGCUGCUUCUGUCCUAUUUGCGGCGACAACACCGCCCGGUUCACGGCCUCUGUCACCUAGUGCAGGUAUAACGACCCCGAAUAUACCUUCUGGGUCAAUAUUUGGUGGGGGAACACCUCACGAAGGCGCCCCACACGACGGGCCUGCCAGUCAUGGAGACGACCCAAGGCCACUGAUAGCACACGCUUUCGUACCCCAUAUUGCUGUUUUUCCGUCCCAAGACACAGACGACCUUAUUGGGGAAAAGGGGUUUUCCCGAGGUCUGUGGCAGCUGCUACGACCAUUUGGCGACCAUGUCCAGGGGAAAGUAAUCAUUCGGGAUAGCAUCGGUGCAAGCAGGGUCUGCGAAGACUUCUCAGUGCGCUUCAUGCAGCUUGGGAGUGAAUACGAGCGUCCCGUACAUUCAGGAAACCUAAAGAGUUCAACUGCGCAAAUAUCGAAGAAGAAUGAGCAGCAUAUCACCCAGGAUCAAUUUACUGCGACAGGGGGAAAUAUAGAGGCUGUUGAGAAUGUGGUUGACUUGCACCUGGAAUACGCAGAGAAUUUCCCUGGUGUUGGGUAUCAAGACCACCUGGCUGGAAGACAUUUACCCACAGCUGAAUCCGAAUUAUCGCCCUUCUACUCGUUGUACCUGAGGAGGCUCCUGUCAGGGAUGCCACUGGCUCCACACGAAACAUUCUGCCAUCCAGUUGCGUGUAUCAUUGCAAUAAGUUCACGCAAUCCCAACCCGAUAGAAGAACUCCGUCGGCUCUAUGAAGAGGCAACAAGGGGUGAAAAGCGAUUGCCGCCAUGGGUUAAUGGCGAGUAUUUACGCUAUUAUGUUCUUGUGCAUGACGAAGAACGAGACGAUAUCGGCAAGGCAAUGAGCUUGUUCGACCAGAUGAAACGUCAUUUUGGUCUGCAUUGCCAUCUUCUGAGGCUGCGAAGCAGUCGUUGCGUCGCCACAGAUGACGAUAGCAUACCUCUUCCUACUUGUGAGUGGAUGUCAGCUACCGAGGAACUGCUGGAUAUCCAAGCAAGAGAAGACCAAGACGGACUAGAUAUCACUCCUCCUUGCAUUUUUGAGUCGGAUGCUACAGCGAUUACCACGUUCAUUCGGGAGAUGGUUACUCAAUCUGUAGUACCAUCAAUGGAAAGGUGCAUAUCAACAUGGAAUGGCCAAGUUGCAUCGAGGCGCCGUGGGAUUAGCGGCCGCUUCAUGAGCCUGUCUAAGAAGUGGACGGUGUUUGGCAACAGCUCCAAGACAUCUUCUGGGGGUCCAGGUGCUGGUGGGUCCGGCAAUAACUAUGACUCCGUUCAUGGGUUUUACCAGCCUGAUACACCGGAAUCAAUAAUGCGGAAGCUAGCCGACUAUGCCUUCAUGUUACGCGAUUGGAAAUUAGCGCAGUCAGUGUACGAGCUGUUGAGGUCCGACUUCAAUAACGACAAAGCGUGGAAGUAUUAUGCAGCCGCCAGCGAGAUGGUUGCUGUUAGCACCCUUCUUGCCUCACAGGCUAUGAGCUCCAAAGUCCGAAUAGAAUCUGUUGAUCAAAUGCUGGAGGCUUCGUGUUACUCGUACCUCACACGUUGUAACUCACCAUACGGGGCUUUGCGGUGCCUUACCCUGAGUAUGGAAUUGCUCAAAAUCCGCGGCGAGUCAGCUUCGGAAGCUGCUGCCAAAUGGGGAACAAAGAUAAUCGAAAGCAACAUACUUGGAGCAACAGGAGAUGCCCUGAUGAAAGAGAGGGUUGCGACUUGUUACAGGUCCCGUAAGGGGACAGGAUCUGGAGGCUGGGGAAGCCGGUCCCGAAAAUCGGCAUUGUGGGAUAUCUUGGCCGCUGAUAAAUGGCUUAUUUUAGGUAAAUAUGUUCAAGCUCAGAAAUUGCUGGGCCGUGUCCGAAACGUAUAUGACAUCUCGGCGAGCAAGAAGGGAAUAUCGGGGUUCAUCGCCGCAAACGAAUUUUUGAUUGGCCUUGAACAAGACUUGAAGAGGGCAUCACUCUCUGGCGAGGGCCAGAUUGCUCAAGAGGUUUCUGAGGAUAUUGAAACCGAAACUUUUGAAGGACGCGAAACAUUACACGCGCGAACGCACCGGAAUAGCCUCAUAGGUGCCACCAUGCCGACAAUGGGAAGCCUAGAAACAGCACCGUUGCAUAUGGUACAAGAGGAUACAGGCGGCAAGGGAGUUAAAGAGGAUGAUUUUUCAUGAUUUAACUCUAUUCAUAUUGAACCCGCUGUAGAAAAUACUAGCCUUUUACCUUUAUAGUACAUAGUAUAAUGCGUCGUCAUGGAUCAACAAAUGUCUCAUUUAUCAAGUGC